AUGCCCAACGAGGACAAAAUGUCGCCCCCCUCAGUAGACGACAACGACAGUCUCUCUCCCACCAACUCCCGGGGAGAUGACGACGAGAACAGCCAACACCCCCGCAAACGCCAGCGUGUGCGUCUCAGCUGUCUAGAGUGCCGCCGAAGAAAGCUCUCUUGUGACCGUGGCUAUCCGUGCCAGCGGUGCUUGAAGAGCGGUACUCCUGACCGCUGCACCUACGAGACCAAAUCUGGUGUCGUUCUGAACGCCAGCUCAGGAGUCCCCCCCGCGUUUGCCCAGCUGGACUCUCGGAGGAACGGUGAACUGGCCAUGGGCGGCACCAAGGAAACCGACAUGUCCCUGGUCCGGGAGGCGGCCAAGGACCACGACCGCAUCCGCCGUCUUGAGCUGGAAGUCGCUCAGCUCAAGACUCAACUCACCCGACAGGCCAUGUCCAGCUUCGAUGGCAGCACAGUUGCCGGCACGAACUCACCGCACACUCAGAAGGAUGAGUCUACCGACACGCCUGCCAAUGAUCCAUGCGCCAACACUCACCAAAUGGAGAAGUGCUGGCAUCAGUACAGCGACGGUGGCGCCAAUUCAGAGCUCCGCUUUUUCAGAGGCAAGGAAUUCAGGACGAGGUAUUUCGGUCCUCACAACGCCACGAUGGCGUUCAUCGAGUUGACUGGCCUGUGUCCCUUCAUGAAGGAGACAGCAGAUGAAUGGCUGAAGCCAGUGAAGGCUCAUGACCGCAAGGAUCGUAAGAAGCGCAAGGAGGACCGCGACAAGUUUUACGCUCAGCCUGACCCACGGCUGGAGGCUCUUCUGCCGCCCAAGGAGCAAGUCGAUGCCCUGGUUGAGGUCUACAUUGACCAGUUCGAGCAAAUGCACCGCAUCAUUCACAUCCCCACCUUCAGGAGGGAGUACUCGGAAUUCUGGGAGAACCCUGCCGAGUCCCGCUAUGCCGCCUUCACCGCCCUUGUCUUGGCCAUCAUUGCGGUUGCAAACUGCAUCCACACUCACGAGUCUAUGAGGUUCACGGGUAUGAUCUCCAAUGCCCAGACCACCGCCGAGAAGUACAUCAAAGCCGUCGAGGAAUGGCAGGACAAGCAGAGCGUGAAGCACCGAAAGCUCAUCCACUACCAAAUCGCAUGCCUCUUGUAUCUUGGCAAGCGCGUCAACACGGUCAAGAAGAAGCGCUUCUGGACGAAUUCGGGAGCUCUUAUCCAGGAUGGAAUUUCAGUUGGCCUCCACCGUGAGCCCAGCCAUAUGUCCGGCAAGAUCUCAGUCUACAACCAGGAAAUGAGGAGGAGGAUAUGGGCGACGGUGCAGGAAUUCGACAUGCAGGCCUCCUUUGACCACGGUCUGCCAACGCUUGUUAGCCAACUGCACUACGACGUGCAGCCCCCGAGGAAUUUGGAUGACGAGGACUUUGACGAGGACACCACUCAGCUUCCCCCCUCGAAGCACGGAAAGGAGUACACUUUCUCCUCGUACCAGAAUCUUGCUCGUCAGAGUCUGCCCCUGCGCAUGGAGUUGAGCAGGCUAUUGUGUGGUCCACCUGGGGAAAUCGACUACGAUCAAGUCAUUAGGUAUACCAACGACAUUACCCACGAGAUCGACUCCUUGCCAUCUUGGGAGCACAACAACAACAACACCCACGGCGGCAAGCGUCCGCUCCUCGCCUACACCCUCCUCCACGUCCAGCUCCGCCAGUACAUUAUUCCUCUCCACCAACCCUUCCUCAAGCUGCGAAAGUCAAACGCAAAGUACCAGUACUCCGAAAUCAUCUACUACAACGCCGCCCGAGACAUCGUGCUCCUGCACGACAAGCUCUACGAGCAGGGCAUCCGCUGCCUAAACUUCCUUCGCGAAGACACCCUCACCACCGCCGUCAACCUCUGCAGUGUCACGAUGCUGCAGCCCCGCGGCUCAACCAACAUGAUCAUGAUCAACUCCCAGCACACGGUGAAGCUGCUCGAGAAAUGUCUUUUGAUGAAGGAAGACAGGCUGCUGCGGACCGGCAACAACGAGCCAUGGGGAUACUCCAUUAUGUGCUCAUCCCUUGGCCUGCUCGAGGCCCAUCUGGGCACGAAGACGACGGAGCAAGCCAAGGCGUCGUCCGCGGAACGCUUUGUCAACUUGCACUACAAGCUCCUGGCGAACCAGGAGCCGCCGGUAUCGAGCCAGCAAUCGGAGCUCUCCAAGAUCCCCGGCCUGGAGGUCCCCGAAAGACCAAAGUCCGUCACGCCCUUCUCCUUCCAGGGGUACCCGUCGUCUCACAACACGGUCGACGGACUGCUGCCUCAACCGCUACCUUGGAUGUCAUCGUCCAUGGAUCCGCAGGUGAGUCUUCACGGAGACUUCUCCCCAGCACUCGUUGCUGACAGUGUGUUGGCGGCAAAGACGCAGCAGCAGUCGUUCAAUCCCGACUUUAGUCUUGAAGCUCUGGGAUUGAAUUUGAACGAGUUGUGGGGAGAGUCUUCGUCUCAGAGAUCUUCUUAUCUAAUACCGCACAUCCGGCAGCACCAACCCGAUCCCUUCUUCACCUCAAGCUUGACUUUCGACAAGUCAUCCCCAAAAGUCACAAUGGCCCCUUCCGUCCUCCGCCUCGCCUCGUGGCUUGCUGCCGCCGCCAGCUUCGUCUCCGCGGCCCCCAUCCAGGCCCGUGCUGUCAUCGACCACGAUGCCGUCGUGGGCUUCUCUGAGACCGUCCCCUCAGGCACCGUCGGUGCUCUGUACCUCAAGUACAAGCCCUACCUCAAGGUCGUGAACGGCUGCGUUCCCUUCCCUGCCGUUGACGCCGCCGGCAACACUGGCGGCGGCCUCGCUACCUCCGGCUCUUCCAACGGGGGCUGCUCCUCCUCCACCGGCCAGGUGUACGCCCGCGGCGGCUCCUACAACGGCGCCUACGCCAUCAUGUACUCCUACUACAUGCCCAAGGACUCCCCCUCGUCCGGCCUCGGCCACCGCCACGACUGGGAGAACACCGUCGUCUGGCUCUCCGCCGCCUCCGACUCGGCCACCGUCCUCGGCGUCGCCGUCUCCGCCCACGGCGAGUACGACACCAAGACCUCCGGCAUCAGCUGGACCGACACCACGCACCCGCGCGUCGGCUACCAGAGCAUCUGGCCCGUCAACCACCAGAUGAUCUUCACCAGCGACCAGGGCGGCCAGCAGCCCCUCAUCGCCUGGGAGUCGCUCACCGACGCCGCCCGCAUCGCGCUCGAGAACACCGACUUUGGCAGCGCCAACGUGCCCAUGAAGGAGGCCAACUUCAACAACAACCUCGGCAAGGCUGCUUUGUAA